AUGAAUGAAAAAGAAGCUACUAUCUCGGCUUGUUGGGGUCCGCCAUUCAUUGAUUUUGCAGUCUUCCCCGAUGUGCCUCUUCAACGUGUAUUGAAUUACCUUCCUGGCUCUGAAGUUGAGAAAUGUAGACUAAUUUCGGUUCCAUUGUAUUCCCAAAUUGAAAAGAAUCGACAAAUGCUUAACCGGGUGGAAGUGCUAUCGCUGGAAAUCGAGCAAUACCCCAACUGUGAAUAUAUCGAUGAUGAGGGUGAACAGAUGAGCAGCACGCUGGAUGUGACCAUCCAACGCAAGAAAUAUGAGGAUCAAGAAGAAAGCGAUGAUAGAUGUUUGUAUCCUCAGAAACUUACGUUGGAAGAGACGUUAGAACUAUUUCAUCAUGCAUUGCCACGGAUGACCAUCAAAAAUCUUCAUCUGAGGACACUAACUAGCUUUGUGUUUCGAGAAUUGUUGACUGCAUUUGUCGGAGCGAAUGUGAAAUGCGAGAAUCUAUUUGCAGUGCAGUCUCGGGGCUUUGAUAUCGAGGAUUUGCGACCGAUGUUACUUCAACUCAAACCAAUAAAUUUGAGCUUAAAGGUCAAUGGUAACGAAAACCGCUUGACUUCGGAUUUUCUACGCGAUGAAUGCAUUCAGAAGCGUCAACAAUUACACAUUGAAGGAUAUCCAUAUUCUGGAUUUGAUGAUGGAGUUCUUGAAAGCCUUAGUGCUUCAACUGCUCUCAUUGAUGGCAUCUCGAAUUGCACAUUCGAGGGAAUCGCGGCAUUUCUCAAGGAUUGGAAAGAAGGAGGACGCGAUAUAGCUGUCGUCAAAUUUCGCACACUUUCAACGGGUCUAGAUGUGAACAGGUUGAUUGCAAUGCUGCCAUGGAACAUCCCGGCAAUUCAACCCGACCCGAAUGGUGUUUUUCCGAUCGACUUUGCCAUUGAACUACAGAGCUUGGAAGGAAACAGUCUCAAUCUUUCAAUUCAACAAAACACGCUAAACGAUAGUUUCACGUUCAAUCUUGUCGACUUGGCUCGUCAAAACGCACACCUCGAUUGGUUGCCCGAUUAUGAAAGGGCACGCGAAGGGAGGUACACCGGCGAGUUUUCCGACGCGUAUUCGGACCAAGAUGAUUCGGUGGAUUAUGAUGCCUACGAUUAUGACUAUGAUCAUGACCAGGAAUUUGAAUCGGACUUUUACGAUGAGGAUGACCUGUACCCGGAAUAUCAACAUCAUGACGAUUCGGAACCCGAAAUUCGGGUGUUUGAGGAUCAGGUCGAAGUCGGACAAUUGCCUUCGCUUCAAUUACCAAGCAUUUUUCAACAUGCUGAUGAUGCUGAGCCCGCUCUUCGUUUCUUUGAUAAUGCUUUCUACCAAAUGCCUUCUGAUCAGUUGAGCAUGUCUUUGGUUCUUGGAGCGCUCACCGAGUGGGAACGGAUUCGAUCGGAAGAAUUAAAUCAACAACCGCAGACAGCAUACUUUGCUCGACGUUUCAAUGUCCCUUUUGCCAUUCGGGAUCAGACGGACGAGCUUUUCAACGAUGUCGGCACACUAUCACUGGCUGAACAAGAGAAACGGCUAACGACUGCGAUUUGUAUGAUAAUGCACGGUUGGUCAUCUUCGGACAUCCUAUUUCAUUGUGCAGGGGAAACUUACAGAAUGGAGGUUAACAUUUCAUUCAACCAGAAACUGAUAGCGCAUUUUGAGACAUGCCGUAAAGCGUUGUUUUAUCUCUUUGCGAUUUAUCGAAACACUUGUGAAGUUAUGGCGGCGGCUGAUGGACCUAGCUUCUCGAAAAUACUGGCUCACGAAAUUCACUUAUUUUUGCGGAAGAAUGUCAAACCAUUAGCGCUAUCACAACGCUCGCUGACUGAUCUCAUUCACGAUUUGGUGAAGCUGGUCGAGGUGUUGAAUGUUUGUCAAGAGCUCUCAAAGUUGCUCAAGAAGGACAAUGUCACAGCAAAAACGAUAAUGGAUGCGGUUGGAAAAGAGCUGGCAAAAGCGGUGUCUAGAGAGGUGAUCGACCUCCUCGAGAAGAUUCUCUAUAAGACGCGCGAGCUUUGGUCGAUGUACGCACUGGCAUGGAUCACCCACGGCGAUUGUUUAAGUGAUCCGCAUUUGGAAUUCAUGAUUUGGCCUUUCUCAAAGUUGAGACAGUCAAAUGUGGCUUUGAUACAUAAUGCCAAUGCGAAAGGUGCCGAAUCAUAUUCAAUAAUUGACGGACGAUUUGUGGGAAUCAUGGAUUUGUGUCCUUCCGACUACGAGGCCGACUUCAAAUUGAUUAUCUCAACCGGGAAAUACAUUCGACUCAUCACGGCGGCUGGAUUGCGAAAAGAGAGCACUCAAUGCCCAAUGAUUUUGGACGAGAAAACUCUUCAUUCAUCAACGCUAACAAUUCGGGCCAUUCGCAAGGUUUGUCGCGAUCGCAGCGAGCAGCUACUGAAGUACAUUCACGAAAAGUUUAAUCUCGUCACCGCAUAUGAUACAAUCAAUUCGCUGUUCUUGGGCACCACAUUCGACCUCAGCAGCAUGUUAAUAAAAGUUUGCGGGGAUACCCUAUACUGUCCUACUGAUGAGGUUUCUUUACGGCAGCUGCAAAACAAGAUGAAUCGUAUUUUUGAGCGAAACGGAGGUAUUCGAGGCGAAAUCAAGGAUAUGAAGCUCGCUUUUGCUGACAUCUCGUUUUUUGUACUGAUGGGAGCCCAGAAAUCCGGAAAAGACAUUCCUCUUGUUGUGACAUCACUCCAGCUAACAUGGCAGCCAAGCACACUAUUGCGAGAAAUUUGGACGCCAGAAGUCGUUCACAAGUUAACGCUCAUCCAACGAUAUCUCUUCGUGCUCACCGCCAUUUUGCAGCGAGUAGAGGAUCGAAUUCUCACAGUGGCACACAACGCUCGACUGGCUUCGCGACUCAGGAACUCAGGAAGCGUGCAUCAACAUAAUUUGACUGUGAUGCACCAAUUGUUGUUGACGGUGAUCUCUUGGACCCGUGGUGUGAUCACAAUGGAGGCUGCGAUUUGCGAGGAACAACUGGCUAAGGCAUCAUCGGUCGAGGACAUGUGCGAGCUACUGAUAAAUCAACUGAUUGCGCCAAUCUUUCAACAAACCCAUUUAUGCAAUACAAAGUCGAUAGUACAAAUCCAUCAAGCUUGUUUGGCCAUUCAUAACUAUUUGGAGGAAGACCAGGAUCUCGCUAUACUCGAGCAAUCAUUUGAGGCCUUUAUGGAGGUGCGCAUCGAUCUCUUAAACCACAUCGACACGGUGAAAUGUGAACGAUACGCGCAU